GAGGAUGCAACGCCAUCUAGAGGACAUUUGUAUAACCUCCCAUUCCCCAACUAGGCGGUGGAAUCCAACAUGGCUGCUUCCAUGUAGACGGUGUGGGAUUAUGUGUGAAAUAGCUGCAGAACAUGAGGGAGCUGAGCUGGCAUGGACGCAAAACAAAUCAUCCACUGCGCUCGUCAAAUUGAGAAAUCGACCACGGACAGAAGCUACGGCACCAUCGUGACUCUCCUCGGUGACCUUGACAAGUCGUGCAUCGCGUCGGAGCAGCUGCAGACCACGGACAUCGUCAGGGUGCUGUACAGGCUCCUGAAGACCUGCCCUGACGCCGGCGUGAAGAAGGCCGUCAAGCGCUUGCUGUCCAAGUGGAAGAAACAGUACAGCCGAGAUGCGUGUGGCACAGCACGCACGGAGGACAGUCACGAUCAAGAUGCGGCACUCUCUUGCAGGGUUUCUCUUGCAGAUGGCAGUGAUGACGCAGCAGUUUCCAGGCAAGGGGAUCCCCAGAGGGUGAAGGCAACUGCAGAACAAGAGCCAUCACCUUUAGUGGCAGAAGAUGAAGUAGAGCAAGAGCAGUCUUCUGCAGCUUCAACCCUCCACGCCCUUUCAGAGGAACACAAACCUCUUCCCUCCACUGCAGAUGCUGCCUCCCCAUCGAGUUUCUCAUCCAUCAGGCCCAAAUGUGUCCAGCUCCUUCUUCGCGCCCUCUCGUCCGAAGCAGCUGAUGAAGCCCAAGCUGCAGAGCUGGCUGGAGUCAUCGAGCAGCAGAUCCACAGUCUCCACAGGGCCAGUGAAGCCAAAUACAAAGCCUGCGUCAGGAGCAAGGUGGCCAACCUCAGGAACCCCAAAAGCGGACACCUCCGGCAGGGCCUCCUGAGCGGCUCCCUGUCACCCGAGGCCUUCGCACGGAUGUCCACGGAGGAGAUGGCCGGUGCAGAGCUGCGGCGGCUGAGGGAGGAGUACUCGUCCCAGGGUGUGAGCGAGCGGCAGCUGCCGCGGGGAGUGGAGGGGACGCAAACGAGGAAAAUCCGCUGCAAACGGUGCGAGGGGUCGGACUGCAAGGUGACGCAGGUGUCCCGGGGAACCCUCUUCUUGCCGGCGUGGGUGCGGUCCGGCGGUCCCGAUGAGGACGCCAUGACCUUUGUGACCUGCAACGGCUGUGGGCAGCAGUGGUACCACAGUGCCUGGGUGUGCCUCUGAGCCCACUGUGUAUUGUAUCACAAGUCAAAGACAACAAGACUUUUUCAUCCACUGCUCUGUUGCAAGCAUUUUCCACUUUGAUUUGAAAGAUUAAUCAUAAUUUCAAUAAUUGAUUCAUUGUUUUAAUCAUUCAACAAGAAAAAUGCCAAAAAUUUUCUUAGUCCAGCUUCAUUAAGAUCAAGACCGUCUUACUUUUCCCCGUUUAUAUCAUUAUAUAAUUAAUACUUUGGGAGUUUUUGGCUGCAGAUUAGACUCAGGAAGCAAUUUGAAGACAUCACUUUGGGCUCUGCUGAGUUCUCAUGAACAUUUGUCACUGUGUUUGACACUUUAUGGACUAAAUAACUGAUUGCUGGGUGAUUUGGGAAAUAUUUGACCACAUACCUCAAUGUCAAUAUUGUGACAAUAUUGUAAGGAUAAUAAAACUUCCAUAUGCUAUUUACACACAAGAUUUUAGAUAAACGGUCAUUAGUAAUGAGGAUAUGAUGACUAAGCAGGUAGAGGCAAAUAAAAGAACAAUAAGUUCAGAAAAGAUCAUCCCUUUACGGUGAUGCAGCCUUUAAAACCAGGAAAAGACAACACACAUGCCAUUCAUGAUAUCACCAUAUCCAAAAACCCAGGCGAUAUCAAUUCUCAUAUCAUGAUAUUGAUAUAAUAUCGUUAUAUCGGCCUCAUUUGGCAGUUUUUGGAAUAUUUGAGAAGGGCAAAACCUCCAAGAACGUCCACCUCACAGAGCGCACCGUCAUCCUAGGCCUAACCUUAACCACACCAAAAACCGGGAGCGUCCUGUGAGGUCGGCGUCUCUUGAGGUCAUCGCGUCUGCCGCCAGGCCUUGUGGGAAUAUUCAAAGGCUUUAUCAGUAAAUCCAUUAGUAAAACCUCUGCAGUGGGAUGAGCGCCCUCCUCCAGUCAGAAAAGCUGAGUCACCUCUUAAGUCUUGUCUUUUAUACAAGUCGCUCACAUCCUCGUCUCCUCGCUGCGCUCUCUAAUGGCUCUGAGUCAAUCACUUUUAUCUGUCUCCUCUCUGACGCUCGUACUUGACUUGCUUCUCUCAGCACUUUGCACCUCCAUCAUUGUUCUCCGGUUACAGGAACAAUGAAAACACGUCAUUUAGUCUCAUUUUCCGUGUCCAGAUCUUGUCUUUCUGCAAACAAGUGAAAAAACUCUACCAGUGGGAUGAGAUAAUCCCAUCCCAGACUAUUCUUGAAUCAGUGUCAGUUUCUUGAUCCUAGUGGGCUGAUCUGCCUUAUUCUGCCUUGUUUCCGCGUAUUUACACUUGUUCCCGGAAAAAUUCCUCAAACAAGUGGAGCUGCGUUGGAAACAAGUGGGAUAAUCACAUCCAACUGGCAGAUGUUUUUCACUUGACUGAAGAAAAACAAGAUUUUAAUGGUGAAAUUGAAGCUAAUGGAGAUUUUUGCACUGAGCCAACUAUCGCUCUGCACUCUUGGAUUCACUCCACAAAUUGUUUUUGGUGGCCUUGGAAUUGAAGCGUACUCUGCUCCGGUGCUGCAUGUGAGCUAAAUACAUUAAAAAAAAAAAAAAAAAAAAAAAUCAGCCAUGGCCACCUACAAUAUCCCUUUCAUUU